AUGGAAAUUUUGAAUCUACCCGUUUUUCCUAUAACACGUGUCGUUUUCUGGAGCUUCUUUCUCUUUCUUUCCCACUCAUUCUAUGUGCUUGCAUUGAUAAUUGAUAAAAUUGAAACCGAAGAAAAUGGCAACACAUCUAUGUUCAAUUUGAGGAGAAUGACGAAGCUUAUUUUCUUUCUCCGUUUUCUCCACCAGCUUUGUCCCCGUCGUUUGCUAUUGACAACUCCAUCACCACUUGCUUAUGAGGACUUUCUUUUCCAGAUUCAGUGGAGUUAUGUUGUUAGUGGAGUUAUGUUAUUAUUGAUGAGGCACAAAAACAUAGGCCGCUAACUAUUGGAAAAUGAAUAACUGUUGUAAAAUGAAGAACUUGAUAUGAACUUCUGGCCAAGAUAAAAACAUGUAAUGAUCUUUCCAAUGAUCUUUCCAGAGUGUUUCAGUUUUACCUUUAUUGUUAUGAACUUGGGGACAAAACUGUCAUCAAGGUCUUCUAUCAGUGAGUAUGCAACCUUCUAUUUUAUUUUGAUUUUUCAAACAUUA